AUGAAGCUCGUCCGAUUCUUAAUGAAGUGCGCCAAUGAAACGGUGACCAUCGAGUUGAAAAAUGGCACAAUCCUCCACGGAACCAUUACCUCCGUCAGCCCGCAAAUGAACACCUCCCUGCGAACCGUCAAGAUGACGCCCAAGGGCCGCGACCCGAUCUCCCUCGACACGAUCAACAUCCGUGGAUCCACGAUCCGCUACUACAUCCUGCCGGACAGUCUGCCGCUCGACACGCUGCUCAUCGACGACACACCCAAGCCCAAGAACAAGGCGCGUAAGGAGGCCGAUCGCGGUGGACGGGGUGGUGGUCGCGGCGGGCCUCGGGGGCGCGGCCGGGGUCGGGGCCGAGGCCGGGGUCGUGGUUUCUAA